AGAUUCUGGGAUGUCUGAAACUAAUCACUUUCGUCUUGCACCUCAGGAAGGUUACCAUUUGCAUCCUCAAUCUCAGCUCAGAGAAGUACACCAUGCUGCCCAACCUGUCUGGGAUGACGUGCAAAAUUUUCAGGUGCUCCAGAACCCAAGGUCUAUUUCCCAGUUUCCAAUGCAAGGUUUCAUACCUUCGAGUUCAUACUCCAGGGAAGAAUUCGGUGCCUUGUCUACAGGGAAGGCUGAUCUUUCUACUUCAAGAUAUUUGAGCAUUUUGGACAGCAAGCAGUUGUCCUGCUUAUCUGAGGGAGGAUCUAAGAUCUCAAAUCCAAGUUACUACAACCCAUUUGCAUCAACUUUUGAACAGCCACCAGGAAGAUCCAUAUUUAAUUCUAACUUCAGGCAACAUAUUGACACAAAUUAUGGUGGGAAAUUUGAUUUUCCCGAUAGGUUGAGGCAUGUUUCAGUGGAUGGGAAAUGUAUUGGUGGUGUUGGACCUAGACACACAGCAUCACCACCAAAUUCUAGUAAGCUGGGGGAACAGAUAUUAGCUAAAUCUGGUAGUUCUUUAUUGCCUGCCUCACUUGGGGGGUCAAAUGAAUGUGUUCACUCACAAGGAGCAUCUUCAGAAGUCUUUCCAGGCACCCAGACUUUGUUACUUUGGGAAUCAAGAACUGACCAAUAUGAUCCACUUUUUGACAGCAUUGAACCAUCUUCAAGUUCAGUUAGAAAGUUUGGUUGUGUUCAAGCAAGAGAAUUGACAACUAGCAUCAUAGACAGGCCUCUCCAGUCCCGAGUUGCUAGUGACUCAGAAACUGUGUUGAAAUUCAGUGGGUCACAUGAGCUUCUGAAUGCAGAAGAGGCCAAUAAGCUAAAAAAGGAUGCAGCUUUAACUGCUGUCCAUUCUCCAGAAAAUGAUGAAUUUGGUGAGACAGCAAUGGAUGCAGAAGUGGGCGUUGUGGAUAAUGGGAGUCCAGAAGUAGGGAACAGGAAAAAUUGGAGUCCUGGAAAUCCAGAUGAUCCAGCAAACACAGGCAUGGGAGAGAAUGAGGUUGAUCAAGUUCAGACCUCAGGAAAGAGCAAGAAGAGCAAGGAUUCGAGAUCAAUGAAGCUUUUCAAGAUUGCACUUGCAGAUUUUGUGAAGGAGGUUCUAAAGCCAUCAUGGCGUCAGGGCAACAUGAGCAAGGAGGCAUUCAAGACCAUUGUCAAGAAAACUGUUGAUAAGGUAUCUGGAGCAAUGAAAAGUCAUCAGAUACCAAAGUCUCAGGCAAAAAUAAAUCAAUACAUUGAAUCAUCACAACACAAACUGACUAAACUUGUGAUGGGCUAUGUCGAUAAGUAUGUAAAAGUGUUAAAGUUAUAUCAUUCUUGUUCAAAAAAAUUGUGAUAUCAUUCACCAUCUAUGGUUCUUGUGAGCAUUGGUGAGAUAUGCAGUGGAUGGGUUUGUGUGCAUGUGAAGAAUGAAGUUUUUGAGAUCUUUUACAAGGCUACUCUGAGCUAAUACGAAGAAGAAAAUUGGCGUGUAACAAGGUGAAAUGACUGAUGCAGAUACCAAGGAAUGCCUGCUUCAUUACAGUUGUCAGAAAGAUACAAAAAAUGCAUGUAAUCCACUCUCCAAAUAUCAUUUUCACCCCAAGUUUGAUUGAUAUAUCUCUCCAAUCAUUAUCAUGAUGUGUAAAUUGUAAAAUAUUAGACCUUGUAGUCUUGAUUCACCAGUGCUUUGAUUCUUCA